AUGCCGCACAUCCAAGAGCUGCCAACGACGGCAAAGGCAGCAGCGCCGGGAUGGAGCUAUGUCGUCGACACGGGUUAUGAUCCCUCCAAGGCCGCCAUCAACCCUUCAAGCCGCAAGCGUGUGCGCGCCUCUGUAGCAGGCCUCAGUCAAGGCGAUCUCACCAUCCGCCAACAGACUGCCAUCCAACGACAUCUAGACGACCUCGACAAGGAUAGCCAUAAGCCUGUCAACAUUGCUCCGCCCAAGUCGAAAUCCAACCGUCGCCAGACGCAGAACACGCGCCGCAUCUUGGCCUCGGGAAAGGACUUUUCGCAUUACUUGGAUCAGGACGAAGCUGCAUUGGCUUCCAAGCAGCACCAUGGCAUCGAAGUCGACAUAGAGCCUCCGAAACCACCUCAGAGAGCGAGCAAAACACCCAUCGCACGACGCAAACCACAACUGCAACCACAAUCAGCUCCCCUUGCUGUCGACCAGAGUCCAGCUCCGACUGCUGCCAUGUCCAAUGCUGCUUCUACCGUUCCAUCAGCACCCUUGAUUCCCGAUUUCCUCAAACCCUAUCUGGUCGACUCGUCCGUCGACUCGCAACAACUCCAACACGAUUCUCUGCUUUCACCGCCGGCUCCGCUUACCGCUACCGCUGCCGAAAUCGAGGCUCUGCUUUCAGCACCACAACUCUCAUACAAUGCCGCACGCUCAGCACCCACCCCGGCCACCGCUCCACCACAAAGAGUCUUUUGUGAGAUGUGUGGAUAUUGGGGACGUGUCAAAUGCUUGAAGUGUGGUUCUCGUGUGUGCGGUCUCGAGUGCAAGAGCGCCCACGAAGAGAGCAGAUGCAUCAGAUUCUGA